CAAGUGAUGAUGGUUGGAUGAAUUGUAUCAAACUAAACAACAAGAUGGAGUGCUUUAGAGAAUUUGAAGAUUGUGUUUUAUCAAACGUAAAUUAUAUAAAAGGUCUACAAACCAAUAUAGAAUAUUUUUACGAAAGGAACUAUAUUGGACUUGCAAAGAUAGAAAGUACAAAUGAUAUCCAAUGGGUAAACAACAGUUUGCAACUUGUUGAUGAGACUAAAGUAGAAUUUGAUGUUCAAGUUCAAACUGAAAUAACAGGUGAUAUGUUGCUAGUUGCAGCUCUUACUAACCAUACAACAGAAACCAAUGAAGUUGUUAAUGACAGUGUUGUCAUUGCAGGAGUAGAUAGUACGGAUGUUGAAUAUCGGUAUUUGACGGAAAUAUUUAUGUGCAAUGUUUAUGAUAUCGUAAACAGUUCCCGCCUCAAAGCAAAAUUGAAUUUUAGCAUAUUUCAGAAAAUGGAUAUAUUAUACACCGAAAAUGAAGCUGUUGACAAAGAGCCAGUUUGCCUAUUUUUCAACGAAGCACAAUUGACCUGGACUGAUGAAGGUGUGAAAACCACUUACCAUUCUCAAGACAAAGUAUCUUGCUCUUCUGACCAUAUUACCAGUUUCAGCGUAUUGAUGAAAGUUACUAAGGCAGAACCUAUACAGGACAACAAAACUUUGAGCCUGAUGUCGAAAGUGUGCGUUUCUCUUUCACUCAUCGCUUUAGUUCUUUCUCUCAUCGUUUACUGCUCAUUUCCGGAACUAUGGAAAUCACUCCGCGUCUCAAUCCACAAAAACCUGAUCGUUAACAUGAUUUUGAUGCAAUUACUGUUUAUUUUGGGGAUCGACAAGACAGGACACAAGAUCACAUGUGCAGUUGUUACCGUUCUUCUUCACUUCACUGCACUGAAUACUUUCACUUGGAUGUUCGGUGAAGCGGUAUACUUGCUUUUCAAAGUCUCCACGUCGGCCCCUAGCCAGCACAACCGACUUCGAAAUUACAUGACAGUGUGCUAUUGUAUUCCCCUUAUCGUCGUUGUCAUUUCUUCGGCUGGAUUCACAUCCCGAUACAAUCAUGAUAAAAUUUGUUGGCUUAGUCAGGAAAGAGGAAUGAUAUGGGCAUUCGUAGCGCCAGCGAUUUGCAUUGCUAUGGUUAACACUGGAAUAAUGUGCGUUGUUUUGAGAAUUAUCUACAAACGAGCCGGUAAUAUGGUAGGAAAACCAGCGGCAGAGAGGAACAAGUUUAAACAAUUGAGAAAAACUACUCGUGGUACAUUAAUGUUGCUACCACUCAUGGGCACCGCAUGGCUCUUCGGGCCGUUUGCUUUCAAUUCGGAUACUGUAUUCCUUGAUUACGUCUUCAACUUGAUGAACGGAUGUCAAGGGGUCUUCAUAUUCCUUAUUUACUGCGUCUUUGAUAAUGAGACAAAGGUGUGUCUCAAAAAACGAUUCAAGAUAAAUGAAGUAAAUCCGCAGACGGAAAUGACGCAAAAUCAGUGAAUAUAAUGCAUACUUAUUGCUUAAGUAUUCAAUAUACUGCACAUAAUUAUAGUAUUCAAAGUAAAAUGUACUAUGUUUUUUGAUGUAAACACUGCGUCUAAAUAAAACUUUAUGUGGUAAUAAUCUGUUUCUGUGUUUUUAACAUGUCAAAAACACAUUAUGGGCCUGCAAGUAUCUAGUUCGGGAUCCAGCUUACUGAGAAUUAAUGAAGUAUCUGACCAUAUAGUCCAUAAUGCACUAGUCUAUGUUAGAAAUAUUAAGACGUCAGGUACCUUAUGUGUUUAAAAAUUGUAUUUUGAAUGAACGAUUGGAGCAUUAGUAAUGCCAAAUAUAUGUUUUAGUUUGUAAAAUAGCUUGC